AUGAAUCAAGCUCUUCUUGCCAAAUGGUGUUGGAGAUUUGGGAGUGAAAAAUCACAUUUAUGGUAUAAACUAAUUGCAGAAAAAUAUGGUUGCUCUUUUUCAUCUUGGACCCCAGAAAAAGUUUACUCAGCCCAUGGAGUUUCAUGUUGGAGGACCAUUGUUGAAGCUGGUGCUCUUAUCACGGCAAACUAUUCUCUCAGCAUUCAUUCAGGAGAGAACACUUCUUUUUGGCAUGACAUAUGGAGAGGGGAAUUAUGUCUUAUGGACUCUUUCAGCAAUCUGUAUAAGUUGGAUAAACUUAAAAAUGCAAGCUUAGCUGAUCAUAUCACUUCGGAUAACUCUUGGAAAUUUGAUUUCAAGAGAACUCUAACAAAUGAUGAAGUUGAUUCUUUAGCCGCUCUUCUACAGGUUAUUGACUCAACUCCUCCAAUCCUGGAUACUCUUCCGGAUGUUACGAGAUGGCCUCUGAAUUCAGAUGAAACCUUUUCAGUUAAAUCUUUAUAUUCAAAGGUGAUUAGAGAAGAUGGAGUAGCUAAUUUUCCUUAUGAUUUUGUGUGGGUACAUGGAAUACCUCCUAAGGUUAAUUUUUUUAUUAUGGUGUGCUGUCCAUGGAAGAUUAAAAUCUCAAGACAGAUUGCAAUAGUGGAUAUUGACAGUUCUUGCAGCUUAUAUGGAGACAGUACAAAAUCCAAAGAUCAUAUUUUACUUCACUGUAAAGUUUCUCAUAAGGUUUGGUCCUCUAUAACUCCUUCUGAAAGUUGGGCAUGGUUCUUUCCAGAUUCUUUCUUUAAUCUGGAAAGUACAUGGUACAAUACUCCAUUCUCUGGCAAUGCUAAGGUGGUAUGGAAACUUAUCCCUGCUGCUGUCGUAUGGGUUCUAUGGAGGGAAAGAAACUGCAGAGUUUUUGAAGAAAACUACACCUACAAGCUAGAUGAGGAAUUAUGCAGUGAUGCAAAAACACUAGUUCUCACUUGGGCAACGGCUUUUGGUAACAAGGUUCAUGUAAACUUUGCUUACACUGUAAAAAACUGGAACAUUGUAUUUACUUAA